GGUCGCGACCGAACCAUGGCGAGCGCGGAGCCCGCGCAGUCCUGCGGGCCAGAGGCGGGUGGGGAGCGCGGCGGCGAGCGGGAGCGGCCAGGGGACCUGCCAGGGGACCUGGAGGAGCGGAGCGCGGCGGCGGCUGGGGAUGCGGAGCCGGCGGAGGUGUCAGGCGCGGCCGGUGCGGCGGCGGCGCUGCUGGGGGAGACGGGGCUGGCGGUGGGCUGCUGCAUCGCGGCGGCGCUGAGCUGGGAGCGGCCCCUACACAGCCUGGGCGGCUUCGCCUGCGCCAACCUGCUCUUCUGGUUUGUUGCACUGACCUCUUGGAGAGUGUAUCAUCUGACUUCUCUCAUAAUACUUGGAGUGCUAAUUCUUCAGAUAAUAAAGGAUUUGGUAUUCUCAAGGAUAAAAGGUGCGCAGCUUUGGAGGACCAUCACUGACAACUGGAAAGUCAUCAAUUCCAGGCAAGACUACAGACCGAGAAUAAAUCAGUGCAUUUCAGAAACACUAAUGAAUUUAUUUGUAUUUCUUCAAGAAAUGUCCCACUUCAAGGAACAAAACCCUGGCAAGUUUUGCCUACUAGUCUGCAGCGUCUGUACAUUUUUCACUGUCUUGGGAAGUUACAUUCCUGGAGUUGUCCUCUCCUAUGUCCUGUUAUUGUGUGCCUUUUUAUGUCCCUUCCUUAAGUGCAAUGAAUUUGGACAGAAAGUGUGCAAGAAAAUUAAGACUGUUCUGAUGAAACUAGAUUUUGGAAUAGUGGAAUAUAUCAACCAGAAGAAAAAAGAGAGAUCUGAAACAGCAAAAACAAAACCCACAGAAGAUGACAGUGAAUUAGACAUAUCAGCCCUGUGUCCUAAGGUUAGUCCUGCAGUUGUUGCCAAAGAGCUGUCAGUGUCGGACACAGAUGUAUCAGAAGUAUCUUGGACCGAUAAUGGGACCUUUAACUUAUCCGAGGGGUAUUCUCCACAGACGGACACAUCUGAUGAUUUUGACCGACCUAGUGAUCAUGAAGAAGCUUUCGCUAGAGAUCUUUCAGAAUUUCCUUCUUUAGAAAAUGGUGCUGGAACAAAUGAUGAUGAUGACUCAAGCAUCGGUAUGCCCGUCCAGCAAAAACGAAAAAAAGAACAAACGUAUUUCAAGGUGGAUCACGCUUCCAGACAGAGUAAAGAGAGACCGUCCACUGCAGGGCUCUCCUUGCCUUUGACCAGUGACCAAACCUUUAAUUUAAUGAGUGGAAUUGCUGGGGAUGUCAUCGCAGCCGCAGUGUCUGCUGCCAUCAAAGACCAGUUGCAGUCCGCCCAGCAAGCCCCCUCGCAUGCAGUGCCCAGUUUGAGCGAGGAGACAGACACAGAGGAAGCUGAUGAUUUUGAACUGCUUGACCAGUCUGAGCUUGAGCAGAUUGAGAAAGAAUUGGGACUUUCACAAGGCCAAGAAGCAGAAUCCCAGGAAAAGAAAAAAUCUUCAGGCUUCCUUUCAAAUCUGCUCGGAAGUCAUUAACCUGGAAAUUGCAGCUGGUAACAUAGAAGAAAUUAAACAUAAAACACAUAAAAAAAUCAAAUGCAAAAAAAAAAAAAAAAAGAAAAUUCUGAGCUGUAAGCUUUAACUGUCCCUUUAGAUGUGUUAUAAUAAUUUCCCUUAUGCAGAGUGAAUUAACUGGAUAAAUAUCAGCUGAUACUGAUAGUUUAAUGUUUCUGGUAGUUAUACCUCAAUGUAAUAGCAUGGAAAUGAAUUAUCUAUCCACUGUUUGGUUGCAGAUGAGUGUUGGAGGUCAGUUGUUCAAAAGAAUUGGGGGAGAGGGUUUUUUUUGUCUUUUUGCUAACCAUGUAUUUUGGGGUCCUGAGCCAAAUUUUCAACAUCGGCAGUUUAUUUACUCUUGGGUGCCAACCAUGUAAUACGAUUAAUGAUUCACACUGGGAGGGUAAGUUAUCAGAGGACUGCAAUGAGAUUAAAUAAAUCUCACCUCCUUCAAUGGUACCAAAAAGUAUGAAUCCCUGCAGUUAGCAUUAUGUGUAGUGCAUCUACUAUAUAUGAAACACUUCAAUUGGCACAACUCUAGUUUAAAUAUGUGUGCAACACUGUCAAAGAAUUUGAUUUCAUACUUAAAACCUUUGAAUUAUUUUGGAUAUGGUGAUGCAUUUCCAAGUUUUUUGCUGUUUUAGGCUUGUAGAGUUGUAAAGUGGCAUGCUGUUUGACUGACCACCUGCUGUGUUCCUUGAUAGAGUCUGGUCCUUGGCAGUAUUGCCCAUGUAAAGUCAGCCAACACAUUUUUAUAUUUAAGAGUUAAUAUCAUGUAAACUGAACACCUUUUGGGGAGCAGGUGAGGGUAGUUAUUGUUUGGAAUAGAGGUUAGAGGUAAACAAAAAAAAAACAAAACAAAAAAAAGGCUUUAUUAGGUGCCACUUCCUUAAUUCAAGAUUCUGUGGGGUUUGUUUUGUUUUGUUUUUUUUUUUCCCCAGGAGAGCUGCCAUCACUUGCAACAAAAGUUCUGUUGCAAGCUGAAUCUUUUAAGAUACUGAAAAGUAUUCGUCGAGGUUAUUUGCUAUAGAAGACACUCAGAAUCUUCUUCUUGGCACGUAAUUUAAAGCAAACAAAAAAUAACUUGUUUAAAUUAUUUGCCAGUUUAAACUCCACACAUGCUCAGUGAGUGGCAUGGGAUCUUAAGCAGGUAACUUAUUUAACUUUUUCUAGGGCUUUUUUGUUCACCUGUGACAAAUAAAAUUGUAAUAACAAGCAAUAGUGAUCAAAGAAUUAGGAAGAAGUAAAGCUAGUUUUUUUAAUGUGAUGUAAACUGUUAGCAAAGUUGAGGGACCAUGUCAGCUGCUGUUACUACUCAAGUGAUUUUCCAUUUGCUGGCAUUUGAAGAGGUGAAUGCUGUCAUCCAGGACCCUCAGGAAGUACAGCAACAGAUUAUACAAAAUCUUCCACUAACAUGUAUGUGUAGGUAAACCUGUGUUUGAAGUUAACUCCACUUCAAUUUGUUUCUCUUUCCGAGGUGAAAAAAUAGGCAGAUGGCCAAAAAGAGUGUAGUGAAAGGAAAGAUGCUGAGAAUUUUUGACACUAGCUUUAUCGUUGCUUGUGCUUUUGUGUCAGUAAUGCAUAUUGACCGUGUUUGCUGUCCUUUACCAGUAAAAAAGUGAGCCUGUGCCUUCAUUAUCAAAUCCAUUACAAAGUGGAUGCUGGAUAUAGAUCCCACGAGAUACAGCUUUUGAAAUUAGAACAUCUUAGCAUUAAAAGCGAGUUCCUGGAAAUGAUGAAAAAAACAUGGCCAUGUCACUUUCCAAAGCGUUGGUUGCUAAGUUUCCGUUUUAGCUUCCACCAGCCAGCCUGCUCUUCUCAGUUUGAGAAAAAAAUAAAAGCAGCUUUUGCUGGGAAAUCAGUCCGUUUAAAGGCCGUUUAAAUUUCUCGGGUGAGUUCAAAGCCUCGUUUCCUUGCUGCACGAUUAGGACAAUCUAUAGAGUUAGAAGAGUACAACUUCCAAGUUGCUGAUGAAGCUUUGCAGGACACCCAGACAACUGUGGGCGUCCUCGUGCGGGAGCACUGGGGGCCAGGAGGGGAAAGGGGCUAGGGGCUGGGGAGCGGCGGGAGGGAGCCAUCACAUCCUUCACAGGCUCUUCUGGAGCAGAUCGAUGGGACGGACUAGCUGGCUGUCAAUGGCAGCAUUACAACAGCGUGCACUUUAUUGUUGUUUUAUGAAGAAUACUUGUGGUUAUAGAAGUACGUAACGCAGGGGCACUCUUCUAGAAUAAUAGAUUAGAUCAAGGAGGAAAAGCAGUUGGAGGAGUUUCUCGGACUUUUUGUAAAUGAUCCAUUUUCUGGUUUCAAGAUAGAAAAAUAGAUCAGUUUUUCUCCAGUACGAGUCUCAAUUUUUAUUUCUUUUUUUUUUUUCAGAAAGAAAAACAAAGCAAAACUUGAACAAGCGAAUCAUUAAAGUUUAGGGGCAUAAUUGCUUAUUUGUCUUUAGAAUUUUAUUUUUUUGUUCUCGUGGUAGUAGAUUACAUUCAAGCUCCUAAAUACUGUGUAAUGGGAAGAAGGUAAUUCUGUAACGUUUAAUAUUCCUCCUUUGGUAGUGGAAGGAUGCUUAGUUUUCUGCAGAAAAUUACCUCUUCCCCCCCAACCAACCCCAAACAAAACACUUUGCUCGGACACAAUACAUUCCACUGCCAGCAGUUUGACCACAGAACAAAAAAGAAAAUGUUUCUCUCCUUGGUGAGAUCCCUUCCUUCCACACUGCCUUCAGUUGGAAAUCCCUCGAGGAAACCUUCAUUUUGCUGUAUUCCCUUCAUUUUGCUGUAUUCUGUCAGCAGCCACAAAAUACCAGUUACUUAAAAAUUCCCAUCACAGUGGUCCACAGCAUCCUUCCUGCCGAGUGCUGGCCAUCACCUUCCCGUCUUCCAGAAGGGAACAGAGGGGCAGGGAGAAAAGCAAGCCAGGACGGGGUAGCACGGAGCUUCGAAACACGCAUUUGUUCCUCAGGAUACCUGCUUAUGUGCAGUUUCCAGUCGAAAGGUAGCGCUGUCAGUGACAAGGGUGAGAGCAGAGAGUGUGGCAAGUGCCCCUGGGGUGACACGGGGUACGACUGUGCCGUAGGGUGAUUCCUGCCUGCGUUACCUGGCAGUAAAUCGAGAAUGGGGAGGCAUAUUUUUGCAGGAGGGUGUAUUUCUGCUCGCCCUGCAGUGGCGCCUUCAGCAUCCCUGCUGGAGGAGAACGGCCCGUGUCACGGCAGGGUCUGCGGGACGCAGCUCGGUCCUUCGUCCUCGGGAAACGUCCCCCUGCCUUAGUACCUCAGAGUGACAGACGGGAGCAGGCGCCAUUUGAUCAGCGGCCUUAAGUCUGUCAAUCCAGCGUAAAAACACCCACUUUCAGCACUGGGGGCUUCCUCCAUCUAUGUACCACACACCUACUGACCCUUCUUCAGUUUUUUCAUGAAAAAAAACCCAAUUAUUCUAUGCAGAGGAGGGGAAAUAAUUUUAACCCAAAGAAUAGGAUUUGAAGAAAUACUCGUUUUACUUGUUUUUUGUUCGUUUUGCACUUUUCCCAGGCGGUUUGAGCCUCCUGAACAACCUCCCUGUAGUCUCCAUGUCUGUUCUCAGCACACGAGCAGCGUCACAGUCAGUAACACACCACCCGUCCGGGUAACCAGAAACUGGAAAACUACAAAAUGUCUUUAUUUAAAAUAUUUUGCAGCACUUUACCUAGCCUGAUUACAAUUUUGUAAACAUGGAAUUAUUAUAUUGUUUGUAAAAACCAUUUAAUAAAUAUGUGUUAGUUUUUAUCUUUCA